AUGGCUGCAACUCGCCCUUUGAAAAAGAAGAAGGACAACGAGGCUGAUUUGAAAGAAUCCCGCAUGACAGUUGAAGACCGCCUCACCUUCAUGACAGCAAAGAAGGCCGAGCUGCAAUCAAUUUUUGAGAAUGGAGUUUGGCAACUUGAACUUGAGCCUGAGAAAGCAUCAGAAAGCCGCAUUUUGAAAGCACGUUUUGUUCUCAAAUGGGCAGAUGAUGGUAAAGGUGGCACAAAAGCCAAAGCUAGACUUGUGCUACAGGGAUAUUCCGAUCCCGACUUGCUAUCUGGUAGCCUUGAGACAAGCUCUCCAACCUUGAACAGAACGUCAAGACAGGUACUGCUGUCCAUUGGUGUUUUGAACCAAUGGGAACGACGACUGGAAGAAGUUGGAUUCACCCAGCACAAACUGGAUGGUUGUUUGUUCAGACUGCAUGAUGCUGAAGGAAAUUUAUGUUGUUUGGUUGGAUUACACGUAGAUGACAUGCUGAUUAGUGGCGACCCUCACAAUGCCUGCUACAAUUCAGCCAAGAAGUUGUUGCGUGAAAAGUUCAAUUUCAAACACUGGACUCACAUUGAUGAACGUGAGAAGCUUGAUUUUUGUGGAUGUUCGUUUGUGAAAACCUCCUUUGGUUAUCAACUUGGACAGCCUGACUACUUUAGCAAGAUCAAGCCGAUCACCAUCGACCCGAAGCGUCGAGACUCAGCAAUGGCCACACAAAAUGAGGUUAGUGCUCUCCGAGCGGUGCUUGGUGCGCUUCAAUGGCCCAGCACGCAAACAGCCCCGCAACUUGGUGCAACAGUUUCUCUCCUCAGUGGUCAGAUCACAGCUGCUACAACAGAAGACUUGCGUGAUGCAAACAAAGCUCUAAAAUUCUCCAAGGUCAACAACGAUGUUGGACUCCAAUUUCGUCCUUUAGGUGAGAUUUCAAAUAUGGUUUUGGUUGCAAUGAGCGAUGCCUCAUGGGGAAUUCGACGUGAAGGCCACAGCCAAGGUGGUUACCUUCUCAUGCUUGCUCCGAAAGAAAUCCUGGAUGGUGAAACCACAAAUUACAUCAUUUUGGAUUGGAGAAGUUUUCGUUUGCCCAGGGUGUCCCGAAGCUCUUUGAACGCUGAAUCUCAAGCAUGCGCAGCUGCAAUGGAUAGUUUGGAAUAUACCCGAACACUGAUCCAAGGAUGUCUCAAUGCUGACUACACUCUGCAAUCUCCAGGUGAAUGGGUAAUCAGCAAAACAGCUUUGGUGGUUGAUGCAAAAGCUCUGUAUGAUUCAAUUCGUGCAGAAGUUCCCCAGCUUUCAGGUGACAAACGAACCAAGAUUGAGGUGAUGAUUGUGAAAGAAAAGAUGCAAGAGUGCCAAACACUUUUGCGAUGGGUUUCAAGUGAAGCACAGUAUGCUGAUGGCAUGACCAAACCCUCAGCACGUCAGUUGCUCACUGACCGCCUUAGAACUCACAUGUUCAAAUUGCAAGCGGAUGAAGAUUUUGUUGCUGCAAAGAAGAAAACUCAACAACAAAGAGAAGCAAAUGCCCGCAAGUUUGCCCUCUCAAAAGCUGCUAGCAAAAUAGGUGGUUUAGCUCAUUUGAUUUUCAUUUCUCAUAUCAUGCCCGUCACUGGUUUUUCCUCCGAUGAAGCCUCAUGGUCCGAUGAUGCAAUGCGCCUAUUUGUGACUAUGGUGAUGUCUUUCCUCACUGGAUGUUUCUGUAUUUGGAUGCUGCUUGGAUUUCCAAAGAUACUCAAACUGGAACCAAAGCGCGUGGCCUUCAACCUUGCCAAGCGCAACAAGAGCGUUCAAUGCGAGAUCGAGUACGAGGAGAUGUCUCACAUGUCCUAUCAACUACACCUUGAACAACAAGACAAGGCGAGACUGGAAGACAGCUUCAAAAGGGAGAUCGAAACACUGGAAAGCUAUGCGCAGGUGAUGAAAGAUACAAGCGACACAAACAAGGAGGAUGCCGACAAGUUCUUAAGUGAACUCAAAACUCUCAAAGUACGACUUCAAGAUGUUGAACAAACCUUGACAGCAAAGAUUCAAGAAGUGAUUGAACUGGAAAGGCAGAUUUACCACGUUCAAGAUUCUUUGGAUCGAGCAAACCAAGCAAAUGCAAACAUGCGCGAGCUCCACGACCACGAGAUCGAGUUCCGCAGAGAGGUCUACGCCCUCAACAAGGCACAUCGCUUCCACCUCUUCGAUGACUGCGAGACAUUGAUGCAUGCACGACCCAUCACUAUGUAUGUCUGCAAGGAAUGCGAAGAAAGACGUGAGAAGGAAAUUGCCGAGAUGGAUCAAUACCAGCACGGUUGGCGCUGA